AUGGACGCUCCUGCUGCUAUCCGCAUGGGCUUUGCAGUUGUCACGCCUGUUGUUCCUGUUGUUCCUGUUGUUCCUGUUACUGCUGAGGACAGUGUCGAUGAUGGCGAAUUGAAGGAGGUAAAAGAAGUAGGAGUUCUGUUCCUGCCUAUGGUCCCUGUUCCUGUCAUAGAGGCAGCCAUACGCGGUCCACUCGAUGCACCUAGGGAUCCCCCAUUCCGACCAUUCGCUGAAGAACUAGCACCACCUCCAAAGGGUAGACUGUUGACAUGGAGUCCCCCAGCUCCCGAAAAAAGCUGUAUAUGGUCCUCGAUAGAGUCCUCAGAUACGGUGCCAUCGUCCGAAGAAGUAAUGGAGCCUUCUCUGCGCAUGACUCUAAUACUAUGA